UGCAAGCUGCGGCUCCUCCGGGUAUAUAAGCGCAGUUGUCCGUUUCCAGGUGCGCAGCUUGAUUCAGUCACUACAUGGAGAAGACACAGACCAGAUAUUUGGAGGAGAUACCGGAGUUUCACAAAGAAUCAGGAUGGUGUAUACCGCGGCUCUACCUUUCGGACACAUAGCGCGUGCCUGGCCGGAGGAGGACAGUGUCAUAGAGAUGAUCGGAAAAUACUUUUUCCAGCUCACAUUCCCGGGACGAAAAUUGAGUUCAGUCCGGCGGGGAAGCGUAGAGAGCUGCGACGAGAAAGAAAACACUUCGCCUUGUAUUACCUUUGAUGCAGGUUUGGAGGAUGAACAACGGCUCCUCCACCAGGAUGUGACCCAGCAGAUGGAGCGCUGUCUGACAGAAGCCAAGGCAUCCGUCCUCCACUGCCAGGUGCUGCUGCUGCCUCAUCACAUGACCACCAGGGUGGGCCGCCACAUCCUGCACACGUCUACUGAUGAGCCCUGUGGGCUUCGAGGCGCCUCCAUCAAACUCUACGUGGAGAGUAAGGAUGGCAUGAAGUCCGUGGGGAGUAUUUUCCCCGACCCAACCGUGACCCCGACCUUUGAACUGUCUGUGGUCUUCAGGGCUGACAAGGAUGACAGCUGGCCACCGCUGAAACAUAUUUUUGAGACCAACAAAGUGCUGAAGCUGAGACCAGAAUACCGUCUGGUGAUAAGGAAGCUCUACUCCUCUGCUAGUCCUGUUAUCCAUGAUUUCAGUCUGUGAAGCUGAGACCCUGGUCCUUCCUGUUUAUUUAUUUUUUUAAGUGAGUGAGACUUUGAGCAGGUCCUCAAACUGCCUGUUUACUAAACUCUACAUUACCACAGUAUUUUGCACAGAACAGUUGAAAGUCUAACACUGUGAACAUGUAAACAUCAUUCCAGGAUUGGGCAGGUCUCACUUCUGAUGUCUACUGUACUUUAUAUUUAUAAAACUGUUAAAUAAAUGUCUUUACGCAACAUUUUUGUCCU